GCCAGUGAGGGUAUGCGUGUGGCGGUGUGAUGAGCUUCCAACAACACAGCUUUUUUGUUUUCAUUCGCCUUAUUUUGACUCGCAAAACGCCUUAAACUUUUGCUGUGAACGGACGACAAAAUUUGUUGUGCAGUGCCCGUUUUGUUGUUUUUGUUGUUAUUUCGAAUCGAAAUUAUUAUAAAACUAAAAUUAAAUUUAUACAAAUUUGAAUAGAAAGUGAAAUAAUAAAAUUCUAUAGCUUAAUUAUUGAGCAAAAUAUAAUGGACUAGUGUGUCUUUUAACGGAUUGCUCAAAUUGUUUAUAUUUUACUAUAUUGAACAAAGCAAACACUACUCCUAAGCAUAACAAGUGCCUUUUAUGCAUGCCCUCCUUCCCUGCCAAAUAAAACUGGUUUAUAAUCGGACCCAGACGUGAUCCGAGAGAUGUCUUCAACGGGCACGGAAAGCACAAAGCUGGGAGAUGUGGGCCUGAUUGAGGUGCAGCUGGAUAGUUUAGACUCGAGUCACAAUUUUGCCACCACAAAUGGUACGACGACUCCAAGGACCAAGCCGGAUCAACAGCAACUGCAACGGGAUCGGCAGAUGCAAAAAAAUGUGUUCAAAUCGAAGUUGUUCAUAAUUGCGGUUAGUUUCUCCUCGAUUCUUAUGAUAGCCAUGUGCAUUGGCUUCCUGGUGCACUAUGAAUUUUCUGGCGAUGUCACCGACAUGCAGAAUGUUGACUAUUGGCAUGUCUCGUUGCCCAAGGAGCAGCAGGAAUGGUAUGAUCGCGGCAUCGAUGAACUUAAGCUGGCACUCAAUCGGAAUACAAAUCGACGGCGGGCCAAAAAUGUGAUCCUCUUUGUGGGGGAUGGUAUGGGUCCCAAUACGGUGACGGCGUCACGCAUCUACGGAUUUAAAGAGGAAGGCCUGCUCAGUUGGGAGCGUUUCCCGCACAUGGGCCUCCUGAAGACAUAUUGUGCCAAUAAACAGGUACCCGACUCCUUCUCCACGGCAACGGCGCUCUUUGGCGGCGUCAAGGUCAAUUACGAGACGGGUGGCGUUGAUGCCAAUGUUCCACUUGGCAAUUGCAGUGCCUCUCUCAAGGAGGAACAUCACGUCCAGAACAUAUUCAACUGGGCGCAGGUGGAUGGCAUGCGCACUGGAUUUGUGACCACAACGCGGGUAACCCAUGCCACACCCGCUGCCCUCUACGCCCAUGUCGCCGAUCGGCGGUGGGAGUGCGAGGCAACCAUGCCACCAGAGGCACAACAGCUGGGUUGCCUGGACAUUGCCCGACAGUUGGUGGAACAGAACACAGGACGCCAGAUCAAUGUUAUCAUGGGCGGCGGUCGUCAAAUGCUGGUCUCGAAUGUCAGCGCCACAGAGAAUGAUCCGCUGGACAUGUGGGCGGGUCACUCCGCUGACGGACGCAAUCUCAUCACGAAGUGGGCGCAGAUAAAGGCGGAACAGGGCGUGCCGCAUGCUGUCGUCCAAAACAAUGCGGAACUGAGGAAUCUUGAUGCGGAGAAUAUUGACUAUAUGAUGGGCAUCUUCGCCAAUGGCCACCUCAAGUACGAUCACGAGCGGGACUCGGGCGACAACGGAAUGCCCUCGUUAACCAAUAUGACCCUUAAGGCGCUGCAAGUGCUGGGCAACAGCGAUAAGGGCUACCUGCUUGUGGUCGAGGCGGGAAUGAUUGAUCAGGCUCAUCAUCGGGGCAAUGCCCGCAAGGCCCUCAACGAAGUACUAGCCCUCAAUGAGGCCGUCCAAGCGGUGCAAGCUUAUCUCAUAGAAAAGGACCAGCUGGACGAGACACUGUUUAUUGUGACCGCUGAUCAUUCGCACAGUCUAACUAUCAAUGGGCAUCCGGAGCGUGGGGCUGAUAUAUUGGGACUUGCCGGCAAUUCCAAGACAGAGCAGACGCCAUACACAACGCUCACGUAUGGCACCAGUUACAAGGGAUUUCAAGUUAAUGCGGAGCAGCUGCAGCGACAGAAUCCAGCGUUGAGUGACACCACAGACUGGGAAUAUACGCAGCAGGCGGCGAUCAAUACCGACGAGAACCUUCACGGUGGCUCCGAUGUGACGAUACAUGCUCGUGGUGCAAUGUCGUAUUUGUUCCACGGUGUGCAUGAGCAGAGCUAUGUGGCGCAUGUUAUUUCCUAUGCGCUGCGUAUUGGGCGCUUCCGUGAUAGCACAAUCGCCGAAUCCCUGGCGGAGCUGAUGCCUUUGUAGCUUUAAAUUUAGCAUAUUUCUUUUCCUUUUUUUUUCUAUAUAUUUAAUAUAUGUAACAUGUGAUAA